UCGAGUACUCUAUCCUUAGAUUUCUAUGUAACUUGCAGCUCGCAAUGCUCGCGAUUGAUGUAUUAGUUUUGCGAAGUUCGCUUAUUAACAGUCUCAAAAAGAUUGGGUCGAUUCGAGCGAUCGGAUGAUAUCGAAUUUGUUAUGCGUAGGACUACUUCCAUUAAUCUUUGAAAAAUUGUCAUGCGCAAUUAGCAUAUAAACAUCAGUAGUGUAUGAUUGCUUAAUUGAAAAAACUGAUAUGUAAGGGAACAUUUAGCAAUUCAUUCACAACAUUUAUCAACAAGUUUCCCCCACCAAAGCGAACGUCGACGAAAUACAUUUUGUUACUGAGAGUUGUUUGGAAUCUUGCUUAGUCGAGUGUGUAGGUAUCGGAUCUUGUGUAAAGGAAAUACAUCACACACAUUCAGAAGCAACGGCCAAUCAGAACACGACAGCACUGCGUGGCUACCCUAACUUAUAACAAAAGCCACGUCUUCGACAGGCAGUGUCUUUAGAAGAAAGAUUGCGUUCCGAAUUUGAUUUAGAAACAAGUACUGUCGUCCACAAUGUUGCUCAAGUAUUUUACCUUUCUUUCCUUGAUCUUCAUUAAUGUCUUGGCUGAAGAAAAAGAUGUGGUGGAACUUACCGAUGAUACUUUUAGCCAUGAAUUAGAGCGACUUGAGAACACGCUUGUUAUGUUUUAUGCACCAUGGUGUGGUCAUUGCAAACGAUUAAAACCAGAAUAUGCAAAAGCUGCUGAAAUGCUCUUGGGUAAUGAUCCUCCAAUUACUCUUGCCAAAGUAGAUUGCACAGAAAGUGGAAAGGAUAGCUGCAACAAAUACUCAGUUAGUGGUUAUCCAACAUUGAAAAUCUUUUCUAGAGGUGAUUUUGUUAGCGAUUACAAUGGACCUAGAGAAGCUGCUGGUAUUGCCAAGUAUAUGAAGGCACAAGUUGGUCCAGCAUCUAAAGAAUUAAGUGGAGAAACUUGUUUGAAAUCAUUCUUAGACUCUGAUGAAGUAAGCGUUGUAGGUUUCUUUGAAAAGGAAGACUCAGCCUUAGCGACAUCCUUCCAUGCUGUUUCUAAGAAACUUAAAGAAAAAGUUAGAUUUGCACAUACAACAGCAAAAUCACUUUUAGAGAAAGAAGGACAUAAGAAUGCUAUAGUUCUAUAUAGACCAAAAAUUCUGCAGAACAAAUUUGAAUCAAACACUGUGAAAUAUGUAGAGUCUAUGGGUGACAUUCAAGAAUUCAUUAAUAAAAAUUACUUUGGUAUUGCGGGCGUUCGUACCCGGGAUAAUGAAAGAGAGUUUAAGAAUCCAUUAGUUGUUGCAUAUUAUGCUGUAGAUUAUGUUAAGAAUCCCAAGGGUACAAAUUACUGGCGUAAUAGAAUCAUCAAAGUUGCUAAGGACUUCCCUAAGUUAAAUUUCGCUAUUUCUUCCAAAGACGACUUCCAGCACGAAUUAAACGAUUUUGGAAUUGAUUUUGUUAAGGGUGAUAAACCUGUUGUUUUAGCAAGAAAUGCUAAUAACCAAAAGUUCGUUAUGAAGGAUGAAUUUUCUGUUGAUACAUUUGACGCAUUCUUAAAAGAUAUAGAAGCUGGCAAUCUAGAACCAUAUCUAAAAUCUGAACCAAUACCCGAAGAUAACACUGGAAAUGUUAAAAUUGGAGUAGCCCGAAACUUCGAUGAAAUUGUUACAAACAAUAACAAAGAUACAUUAAUUGAAUUUUAUGCACCUUGGUGCGGUCAUUGCAAGAAACUGGCACCUAUUUACGAUGAAUUAGGUGAGAAACUUGCGACCGAAGAUAUCGAGAUUGUGAAGUUCGAUGCCACUGCUAAUGAUGUUCCUGCCCCGUACGAAGUUCGAGGAUUUCCAACACUUUAUUGGGCGCCCAAAAAUUCCAAAAAUAAUCCAGUAAAAUACGAAGGUGGCAGGGAACUUGAUGAUUUCAUCAAGUAUAUUGCUAAGCAUGCGACCAAUGAAUUAAAAGGAUUUGAUCGUAAGGGAAAGACUGUUAAGCCGAAAAGUGAUGAAUUGUAAAUUUUUUCACAUUAAGAUGUGGAGUUGUUUAUUACAAUUUUUACAUAAGUCUCAGCAACAAUGCUUGGAGUGAAAUUUUCCUUGUACGACUUAUAAGUGUGAAAAAAGUGGCAUGUAGUUAAAAACGUAAAAGCUAAAAAUUUUAUGAAUGAAAGAAAUUAAAGACAUUUGGUAAUA